ACACACACACACACACAGAGUGACCGGACAGUGAUGACCUGAGAGGUGGACGACGAUCGAUGAUGAUCGAUGACUGAUCAAUCAAACUCCCACGCGGACUCACAGACAGACCAGAGACUCAGGCUCGCUCACAAUAUUGACUAUUAUUGAUUAAUGAUUGGCAGCUGCGGAGUUCAGCGCAUCAGAGCAGCAGCAGCGGGACUCUUUCUACUUUCUUCAUCCAUCCGUCUGUCCAUCACCUCUGUGAUGAAGACUCUUCUCAGCCCCUCUCAGCUCCUGGAGAGUGGGCAGAUCUUUGCCUUGGGAGGCAUGUGUCAGGAGAUGAUGGACACACCAACACCGAGAAGCAUCAGUCUUUCUGCUGCACAGACUCCAUCCCGAGGUCAAGGAGGGGCCUAUUCCCUGUGUGAAGUAUGUAACCUGCAGCUGACCUCUGAUGCUCAGGCCCAACUGCACUACAACGGCCGGUCUCACCUCCGGAGAGUGAGGCAGUGUCAGGCUGGAGAGACAGGACAGCGUACAGCAGGAACUCAGUCCCGGACUCUUCCUCUCAGCUCUCAGUCUGUAGCACUAACUCCAACCCCAAGUCUUAAUGCUCCAACAAGCAGAGCUGCAGGAGGUGGGUGUGGCUCAGUAGGCGGAGCAUUGCCGGGGCUGAUUGGGGCCACUGGUCCCUCAGUGAUGGUAAAACCAUUCCUGUCCUUUUCUGUCGAGACAACAUCACCGGUUGGACUUUUUCCAAACUUCAACACGAUGGACCCAGUACAGAAGGCCGUCAUCAACCACACUUUUGGCGUCACCAUGGUGCCCAAGAAGAAACAGGUCAUCUCAUGUAACGUCUGCCAACUGAGGUUUAACUCUGAUUCUCAAGCAGAGGCUCAUUACAGAGGCAGCCGUCACGCCAAGAAGGUCAAGUCACAGGAGAACAAGUCCAAGACCAAGCUGUCAAUCACUGCAGAGACCAAUGGGAGCGGCUCCAGUCCAGCUGGCCCCGCCCUUAAUAUGUCAGCCAACAGCAGCACCAAUCAGCACACAGAAUACUUUUCCAGCCUCUCUGACUCCUCAACUCCUCUCAAAUCUUUCCUCCUGCCCUCCUCCUCCUCCCCUCCCUCCUCAUCCUCACCGUCCUCUAGUAGAGCAGGCAGUGAGCCUCCUCCCUCCAGCCCUCCCUCAGCUCUCCCCGCUCCAAGCCCAAUAUCCUCUCCUUCUUUGUCUUCCACUUCUUCCAAAGCUUCUCCUCCUCCGCUUCCACCAGCCCCUGUCACCUCGUCUUCGCCCACUGCUCCUCCAUCCUCCCAGGAUGUUCCUGUCUCAGUGGAAUCCGAGGAGGAGAAGGCAAAGAAGCUGCUGUACUGCUCUCUUUGCAAAGUUGCUGUAAACUCUCUGUCUCAGCUGGAGGCUCAUAAUGCAGGUUCAAAGCACAAGACGAUGCUGGAGGCUCGGAGCGGUGCUGGGCCCAUCAAGGCUUACCCUCGACCCGGAGCAAAGCUGAAGAACGGCAGCAGCGUUGGAGUGAAAGGCUCUGGCCUGCAGAACAAAACCUUCCACUGUCAGAUUUGCGACGUCCAUGUCAACUCUGAGAUCCAACUCAAACAGCACAUCUCCAGCAGGAGGCACAAGGACAGAGUGGCAGGGAAACCCUGUAAACCCAAAUACAGUCCUUACAACAAACAGCAGCGAACCGUUCUCACAAAGGAGUUGGUCAAGCCCUCCCUCUCACCGUCCUUCCUCUCCUCUCCCUUCACCCCUUCACCCUCAUCUCUCGCCUCCUCCCUCUCGCUCCCUCCUUCCCCUCUCACAUCUCCUCCCCUCCUCAACACCGCCUCCUCCCCCCUCCCCACUGCCAUCUCUCUCCAUCCUCGCCCUCCAGCCUCAUCGCCUCUCUUCACAACCUCCUUCCUUCGUCCCGCUCCUGGACCAAUCAGAGCGAGCCAAGGAUCAAUUCUCUUUGCGCCCUAUUGAGGCAGCAAUGUGGAUCUGAACCAACAACCUCUGACCUCGAGUGCAUUGGAGCUGCAUAGGGAGAAAAGACCAGGAGACGAGUUGGCUCUGUCGUCACAGCUGCACUGAUGAAAACCUGCAUCCCUCUCUCCUGACUGGAUCAGAUGUCUCUCUCUUGGGUCUGAAACGAACUGAAGAAAACCUUUGACGGACCCAAGUCAAGCUGGAGGCUGAAAGAUUCCUGCAUAUACCACAAAACCAGGAGUUUGUAUUUUUGCAAAAACAUCCUGGAUUUCUCACAUUUUCUCAAGAGCAGCAACUCGUCGCGGUGACUUCUCAAAAAACUGCGGUGCUCAUUUUCUGUUUUUAGUUGUCAUCAUGAUGGUCCAGAAGGAAAAUGUAAUAAGGUAGUCAACUUGUGCAUGACAACAUGGGGAUAUUCACAAUUUCCGCCUUUCCGACUACCAAAAAAGGCUUUCAGUUCUCUGAAUCUGCUUCAAAUAAAACUGGAUUUUUAUUUUUCCUUUUAUCCAAUCCAAAAUUUGGGAGGAAUCACUCAGGAUGAAGACACAAAGACAUUUUAAUUUUCAUUGUAAUAUAUUCUUGACCCAGAGCCUGGUUUCCGGUCACGUUGAUUCUGUCUCAACAAAUGCCUGAAUAGAGAAUUCAUUCACUUCAAGACUUUUAUCUCAAGGGACAAGAAGCUCCUUCUGGAGGAGGAGCAGACCUCGCACACCAUUUUGAAAAAAUACUUUAAUGACUACUGCAAGUGCAAGAUGUCCUCCCUCAGAAGUCCCCAUGCUCAUGUUCAACUGGUUCUUAAUGUACAGCAUCUCGAGGCAAACAAACUACAAAGUGAAGAAAAAGAAAUAAAAGAAUAAGGAUUUAUUAUUGUAGCUGUUGACACAAGAAGAACAAAACCAGCAAUGUGUUUCGUAAUAUUUCUGCAUCUCUACCUUGUCAGUGGCAAUAACGGUUCCUACUGAAAACUAUCAAAACAGGUCAAAAAUACAGUGUGCAUUUUUCAUAGAACUCAUUUUUUGGGAGGAUUGUUUCAGUGUGAGUUCCAAAUUAUUUGUUUUUAAUAAUCUGUGUGUUUUGUGUGAUUGUUUGUCUUCAAAUUGUCUGAUCUUUAUGUUUCUUGUCUUUCCUGACUAGUCCAUUUCUGACGUCACCGUGACAAAAUAAGUUGCAGGAUCACUGCCAGAAUUCAAGAAAUAUAAAAGUCAAAGGUACAAGCAGCCCCAACAUGGAACACACACACACA